AUGGCGGCGACCAGUGGUGAUGAUUUCAAGCUGGAUCCGGAGAGUUUGAACAAACAGCCAGAGGAAGUGUUCGAUAUCGUGGCGAAGUUGGGUGAGGGCGCGUACGGGUCGGUGUUCAAAGCUUUGCACAAAGCGACCGGACGAUACUUAGCCAUCAAGCAGGUUCCAGUGGACACAGACCUGCAGGAAAUCAUCAAAGAAAUAUCGAUGAUGCAGCAGUGUGACUCUCCACAUGUUGUAAAGUACUACGGCAGCUACUUUAAGAACUCGGAUUUGUGGAUCGUCAUGGAGUACUGUGGCGCCGGUUCAGUGUCUGAUAUCAUGCGAAUGCGCAAAAAGACGCUGACAGAGGCGGAGAUUGCGGUCAUCCUGCGAGACACAAUUCAGGGUCUCGACUACCUUCACAGUCGCCGCAAGAUUCAUCGAGACGUAAAGGCGGGUAACAUCCUGUUGAAUACCGCUGGUCAAGCGAAGCUAGCCGACUUUGGGGUGGCUGGCCAGCUGUCGGAUACGAUGACCAAGCGUAACACGGUCAUUGGCACACCCUUUUGGAUGGCCCCUGAGGUGAUUCAAGAAAUCGGCUACGACUGUAAAGCAGAUAUAUGGUCAUUGGGCAUAACGGCAUUGGAGAUGGCCGAAGGAAAACCACCGUAUGCUGACAUUCAUCCGAUGCGUGCUAUCUUCAUGAUUCCAACCAGACCGCCGCCGACCUUCCGCAAACCCGACGAGUGGUCGACGGUGUUCGUGGAUUUCGUCCAAACGCUACUGGUGAAGAACCCCGACGCUAGACCUUCGGCCCACGACCUCCUGUCUCACUUGUUUAUCAACGGCGUCCAGUCCGCCUCAAAUGUACUGGCUGUGUUGGUACAUGAAGCACUGCAGGUUCAACAGCAGAGUAGCGAGAACGACGGCGACGACCUCUGCUCCUCCUAUUCCGAGUCGUCGGCUACCAUGGUCGACCCAAGCAAAACUGUCAGCGCUAUCAAUGACCACACACUCGUCGCUACCCUCAAUAACCCCGUCGUUGAGAGUGCCAGCGAUGACGUCAACAGCUCCCUGGAAUUAUCCAUAACCUCGAUGGUAAUCAAUGAGGGCAGUGGCGAAGCUGAUGUCCACGAUUCGUCGUCACAGAACAGCAGCUGUUGUGCUGAGCAGUCGUCAGCCGUUCACGUAAAUGCCGAAGGAGGGGAGGUGAGAAAUGGUGGUUCGUUUUCUACAUCCAUUUGCGACGCCACCGAGUCAGACCAAAAGUUCGUCAGGUCAUUUGUGGACGGCGACUUUGAGUUUCUGAAGUUCCGGACUCUGGACGAGAUUCGAGAACGGCUGGCGGUGCUUGAGGUAGAGAUGGACCGCGAGAUUGACGAACUUCGUCGCCGUUACCAGACCAAACGUCAACCGAUCUUGGACGUCAUGGAGCAGAAGAAGCAGCGCAUGACGAACUUUUAA